AACAAAAAAAUUCAAAACACUUGAGAACCAAACCAGAACUUGCUCUCAUCAUCAUCAAUGGCAGAGCUAGAGAACCCAAUAGUGAUGACCAAGAUCAUCACAUUCCUCUCAUCUCUGGUUCAAAGGGUGGCUGAAUCGAAUGACAUCAAUCCAUUCCAAACCCAGAGAAUCUCAGUCUUCCAUGGCCUAACCAGGCCCACCAUAUCAAUACAGAGCUAUUUGGAGAGGAUUUUCAAGUAUGCCAAUUGUAGCCCAUCUUGCUUAAUUGUUGCGUAUGUUUAUCUGGAUCGGUUUUCUCAGAGGCAACCAACUCUGCCCAUCAAUUCGUACAACGUUCACCGGUUGCUGAUUGCUAGUGUCAUGGUGGCUGCAAAGUUCAUGGAUGACAUGUACUACAACAAUGCUUAUUAUGCAAAAGUUGGUGGGAUCAGCACAAUAGAGAUGAAUUUUCUUGAAGUGGAUUUCCUAUUUGGUUUGAGCUUCAACUUAAAUGUGACCCCUUCAACCUUCACCACCUACUGCUCCUACCUCCAAAGAGAAAUGCUCCUCUUGCAGCCUCCUCUAGAUUCUGCAGAUUCUUCUCUUAGUUUAGGCAAAUCACUAAAGCUCCAUUUGUGCUUUGAUGAGGAGGAAGCCUCCCAUCAGCCACAGCAGCUAGCUGUUUGAUUAAAGCUUUAAAGGGUUGUUGCCUUUAAAAUUUAAAAAAAAAAAAAAAAAAAAGGUAGUUGUUGAGGUAGUGAUUUUUGUACUUUGCCCAUAUUUUUUGGGCUGGCAAUAUGAACAUUAGAUAUUUCUGUCCUUUUUUUU